AAAUAUUAGAUUUAUAAGUAACAUUUUGGUAACACUUUAUUAAAAUGUAACACUUAAUGUAACACUUUUAGCAUAAGUAACAUUUCAAAGUAACACUUUUAAAAUAGGUAGCAUUUUAUGGUAACACAAAUAUAGAUGUCACCUUAUUUUUGGAAAAACAAAAUAAAUAAAACAUUGAAAUUAAAAAAAAUACAUGUGUUAAUCCCCAAAUUUAUAUCAAUUCAUUAAAAUAGCCAAUUAGCCGCCAAAGUUAAAACAAAAUUUGGGCCAAAACCGCCAGAUUAAUAAAAAAACAAACUAGAAGAAAAGAAAAUUGCAAUCUCUCAAAAUUUUAUUUCAUCUUCAUUCCCAAUUCAACAGCCCUAGCAACGAUAGAUAAUCGAUUAGGUUUAAGCAGAAAUCAGUCAUCUCCACUAUUUCAUCAUAAUAUUAGUCUUCUCGCGCAAUUUUGUCUGAAUUGAAGUUUCUUUAAAAAAUCAGUCGUCUCGCGCAAUCUGAAAUCAAGUCAUCUUGGGCAAUUUCAUCGUGAUAUUGGUUUCAUUGUAUUCGUGCUUCUAAUUUCAGUUUUGAGCUGUGUGCUAUCUUGGUGCUCGGGCAGCAAGCGAGUUGUGUCGGCUUCACUGAGGAAGAAAGAUUUAGAUGGCAGACUAUGAGAAACUUAGACAAAAAACUAUAGAACAAAAUAGAAUCAGGAUGAAGGAUUUAGGGGUUACCUCCAUGGCUUAUGAAAUGAAACAGUCGAUGAAGGGAUCGAAACAAAGGAAAAAAAGGAAGAAGGUGACAAAAGAUACUGACGAGUAUACACCUGAUGAAGAGGCUGAACUGAACCUCUCAAGUGAAGAGGAUGAAAAUGAGAUAAGGAAAAACGCUAUAAACUUGAGGUCUCGUUCAAAGAAGGUUGUGGCAUUGAGAGAGAAGAUAACCACAAACAUUAAGGACACGACAUCUGUCUCUUCAGAACCAAUGGCUAAUCGAAUUAAGAUGCAUCUUCAAGACACUGAGAGACAACACAUAGAUCAAGGGUUACAAGGGAGAGAUUCAACGCAAAGAAAAAUCCAAUUGGGCAAGUCUACUACACAGAAAAAAUCAGCAGCAAUAAUCAGCAAGAGAAAGAGGUUGAUAUUGGGAAUGGUGCCCAAACUAAGACAGGGCAGAGUAAGACAGUGGUUGCCCCUGGUUCACUCAGUGCUUAUAGGAAAAUGCAAACACAGUUGCUAGAAAAAGAGAGGAGAGCAAAACAAAGUGAUUUAUUACUACGACGGCAACUACGACCUAUUAACAUGACUAGUUCACAGCCUGUUUACAUGGCUAGUUCACAAGUGCAUUUGGGGAGGUCACAAGCACAAAGUUUUUCACAACCACAAAGAUUUGGACAUGACUUACAAGAAGAUUAUGAAAAUCAUAUGGGUUCAAAUGAACGCAUUUUGGAAUAAUAUGAAGAUGAAGAAGAUGAUUUUAGUGAGGAUUUGAGUACUCUUACCCCUGAGGAGCUAGGAAUAAUGCAAGAUGUACCACUAAUGAAUCAAGAGCACGAAAGUGAACAAAUAGCACUUCCAAAAAGUAAGCGAACCAGAGGACCAACUAUGUGUAAAGAUGUCCAUGAAUGGACAUUAGAGGAGCAUAAGCCUAUUGUUCUUAAUGAAAUGGGAAAGCCUAUUGGUCCUUUCUGAUAAGACUGUGAAUACAUUUACAAGAUUCUUAGGGACUUUAGCUCGUAAUUCUUCUCUAGCGCCGUUGAACAAGAUUAGUUGGCAUUAUGUUCCAGGCAAGGAACAAAUUUGGAGUUACGUGAAGAAGAAAUACAUUAUCUCGGAAAAUGGGGAAGAUUGUGUUUUGUCAUCUGUGGGAAGGCUUUGGCGUAGAUAUAAAUGUAGUGUAAAGGCAACACACUUUACUCCGUACGACGAUGAUGGUGAUUGGCUGGAAAAUCCACCUAAUACAAUUUCAGAAGCACAUUUCAAAGAGUUGCUAGAAUUUUGGAAUUUGGAACCAGUCCAGCAACAACUAGAUGUUGAAAACAAGCCACCAUCCUUAGCACUCAUGUACAAAGAAAGUCGUAAAAGGAAAGCAGACAAUAAAUACAAAACAUCUUAUGAGCCCACCCAAAGUAACAUCGACAAGAUGGAGGAGGUACAAAUUCAAAAUGAAAUUGAUAGAGAUGUUGCAUACUAUGAAGUAAUAAAUAAACCAAACAACUUUGGCCAUAGAAAAAAGCAACCGGGAAUAUGUUCACUAAGGGGAAAGAGCAACAAUCCAAUAAUUCCCGAUGAGUUCUUAAAGCCCUAUAAAGACCAAAUUGUGAAAACUAUAGCAGAAUUAAUGAAGACGCUCAAGCAAAUUGAUCCUGAAGUGUUGAAUACUUUGACAUGAUCACUUGAAAAUGUGUCAUCUAAUCCAGAACUUACAGAUCAUAUUCCCAUUGUACACUCUAAUGAGCAACAGCGAAAUGAGGAUCAAAUGGAUGAAGAUGAAGAAUAGGGAUAGCAACUGAUGAUCUACAAGAACUUAAUUUUAUCGCUUUUUUGUUGCUGCUACCGCUGUUUUGCUGUUGUUUUCAGCUGUUUUGCUGCUGUUUUUUUGUUGUUACUGCUGUUUUUUGCUGCUACUGUUGUCUAUGUUGCUGACUCUUGCUCAUUCGGUUUACUGCCACUGCUCUGCUACUGCUGGUUGCUGCCAACUGAUGUCUACUACUGCUAGUUGCUGCCAACUAAUGUCUGCUACUGCUAGAAGCUUCCACUAUUGUCUGCUGUUGCUAGUUGCCGCUAAAGACUGCUGAUGGCAGCCUCUGUUACUACAUCUGUCGUUCUGCUAGCUAGUUGUGUAGGUGCUGCUAUACAUUGUUAUUAUUAAUGUUUUAUAUGAUUAUCGUUGUCUUUUUUGAAAUUUGGAAGUUUUUUUUGUUUUUCUUUACUUUUUCCAAGCUAGAGAUAGAACUUAAUAUUCUUUGUGUUUGGAUUAUUAUAUUGUUUGGCCAAACAUUAAAAUUGGUGUUUAUGGAUUUUUUUUUUUUUUUUGUGAGAAUUAUGAAAGUAUUUCAAUCCAAAUUGUUUUCUAUCA